GAAAGAGUGCUGUGUUUUUUUGUUGAUAAACGUCAAAAAUACAAAAAUUUUAUAUUUUCGUCGCGAAUUAAGGCCCGUUCAUUGUGCAGCGCACGUUCGCCCAGCCGCCGACGCCAGUGAAAUAUGCGAAGUUUUAGGAAAUAGCAAUAAGUUAUGCAUAUUAUAAGUCAGGAUGAAUGGAAAAGGCGGCAAAGUUCCGUCGUCAGUGGCGCGCCACUCGACGUACAACGCGAUCGCACUGGAGCAGAUCAAAAACGAAUUGAUGCCUUACGAGACGGGCCAGCCGUUGGGUGGUAGUCAGAUCACAGCCCCUCUGAAGCGCAAACCGAGCAUCGAGAAGGAUGCACCCCAAUCGCCGCUGCACAUGCAGCGAACCAGCCCGGCCCUCGAUUCCGGGGCCGGCAGCUCGCGAUCGAAUAGUCCACACUCGCAGCAACCGUUCGUCGCGCUCGGACGCAGCUCGCAAUACUCACCGUCCCCGUGUCCGACGAACUUUAGCGAUGCGCCUCCGAUUCCGCCGCCUCGCUGUUCUUCGACACCAUCGACUCCUCAGCCACCGAACCCGAUGCAUCUGCUGAAGCGCAUGUCCCCGGCAUCGGUGGCUUCGGGGCGGAACGGUCAGUUCGGUGCAUCGCAGUCGCCGGCCCGCGGUUCGUCGCCCAUCUCGAGCACCAACCAGCUCCGGCAACCGAUCAUCGUGCAGAACGGGCCGCAGGUGCAACAGCAACUUAGCCAGCAGAUGGCCGUGUACACGGGAAGCGAACCGCCCCCUCCGUACCCGCAGAUCGGUCCAUCGUCCCCGCCAAACUAUUUGUCGUCUUUUCACAGUCGCCAAAGUCCGACCCAAUCGUCGCAGGACUUUCGCAAAAGCCCCAGCUCCGGCUUCUACUCGAACGCCUCGAUCGGGUCGUCCAGCCCGAUCACCGUCUCGCAACCGGGCGGAGGUGUCGGUUCAUCCGGGGGUUCGUCCGGGGCAUGCGGGGGCUCGAUUCAGCGUCCGAUACCGUUGCAACCGAAACCGUCAGCGCAUGCGGGGCCACCGCCACCGAAGAGUGCCCAGCAUCCGAUCAUCAUGCAUUCGGUCAAAUCUACGCAGGUCCAGAAGCCGAUUCUGCAGACGGCCGUUGCCCCACCGGCACCGGCCGGCGCUGGAGGAGGCCAUCCGCUGCAAGUGAUCGAUCGUCACAAUCCACCACCACCAUCGUAUGCCGUCUCGGUGCAACACAAGCUCAGCAAAGCAUCCGGCUACGGGAUGGCUACCAGCGUUACACCACCGCCACCGUCUCCGUCUGCCGUCAUCGCGCACGAUACCGCGAGACCACUGGCCGGCGGGUCCUCCUCCGUCGGUCCGAAGCAACCACCACAGCAGCUUCGCGCCAAACCCACGCUGCCCGGUAUGCGGGAGCAUCCCACAAACGCCGGGACACCACCGUCAGCCAACGGCGGCGGAUCGUCGUCGUCAUCGUCGUCGGCCCAGCCACAGGUGGUAUCGGGUAACGGCGGCAGCGGUAACGGAACUCCCACGGCCAUGCACAGUGGUGGCGGCAGUGGUGGGAACUCUCCGCACGAUCCGCCGUCUUACGAUUCGACGAUGAUUCUGUUGCAAAAACACUCGUCGCCCGGCAAAAAAGAACCCCCGCCCUAUCUGCAUGAUGGAGGGUCGGCGCCUCCACUGCCACCGCCUCCCAACUGCCACGACCAAACCGCGGUGGCGGCGGCAGCGGCAGCAGCAACCAACGAUCACAGCAAUGGCCUCGAGCAUCACCAGCAUCAUCAGCUAAGGGCCGGAAGUGCCGGCAGUGUUGGUGCCGGCGGCGGUCCCGGUCACAAUCUGGGGAUCAGCGAGAGUGGCGGAAUGCCAAACGGAGGCAACCAUCUGCCACCCAGCGGCAGCGGGGUCAACAGCAGUAGUAGUCAUAAUGCUAACGCGAAUAAUAUUAACAACAACAACACUAAUGCUAAUGCAAAUAAUAAUAAUAAUAUGAAUAGUAUGCAUAAUCACAAUAAUCACGACACUAGCACGAUGAUGCACAGUAGCAACAGCGUCAAUAAUAAUGCCAUCAGCAAUGGUAGCAAGGCUAGCCAGAGUCAGGUAGCGGCGGCGUCUAAUUACGGAAGCAGCCGGACGCACGGAGAUGAUGGGCUAUCGCAACACCAUCUGCUCCAUCAUCAUCACGCCGCCGGUCACCAUCAGCAGCACCACCCAUCGGCGAAGGUGAUGAAGGGCCAUAUGAAUGGACCGUAUGCUCACAAAGGGGCCGCUGUGAUGCAUCAACAACAAUCGCUACACCAGCAACACCAUCACCAGCAGCAACAGCAGCAGCACCGGCUUCCGUUGCCACACCAGCAACAUCAGCCGGUAUCGCACGAUAUCAAGCAGCAGCGUGGAAUGGCGACAGCGUCCGUGCGAAGUACUCUCAUGAAAACGGUGCGCUUCCCGACCAUCAGCAGCAAUGGUCCCGCUCCGGUCUAUACCAAUGGCGGUGGUGGUGGUGCUGGCAGUGGCAUGAUGCCGCACGAUAGCAACGGGAAUGAAAGGGAACCCUCUUCACCAUCAGCCGUUCAUCCACCGGCGGCAGUUGGACCGACGACUAGUAGUGGCAAUACUGGAGCCGGGUCUGCUACCUCUUCUAGCGCCGGCAGUGGUGGCACCGGCGCAGGGGACGAUAACCCGCGGAAGAUCAAGCACCAGUCACCGAUCCCGGAGCGCAAGAAUCUGUCGAAGGAGAAGGAAGCGGAGCGCUCGGAGUGCAAGGUGAAGCACUACUCGCCCCAGGCGUACAAGUUCUUCAUGGAGCAGCACAUCGAGAAUGUGCUAAAGUCGUACUCGCAGCGCAACUUUCGCAUCAAGCAGCUGGAGAGCGAAAUGUCGAAGCUCGACCUGCCGGAAGAGACAAAGAUCGAGAUGCGCAAGCUCCUUUGCCAGAAGGAGAGCAACUACAUUCGGCUGAAGCGCGCCAAGAUGGACAAGUCGAUGUUUGCCAAAAUCAAAACGAUCGGUGUCGGGGCGUUCGGUGAGGUGACGUUGGUGAAGAAGAUCGACACUACCAACCAUCUGUACGCGAUGAAAACGCUGCGCAAGGCAGACGUGCUGAAGCGCAACCAGGUGGCUCACGUGAAGGCGGAGCGGGACAUUCUCGCCGAGGCCGACAACGAGUGGGUCGUGAAGCUGUACUACAGCUUCCAGGACAAGGACAAUCUUUACUUCGUGAUGGACUACAUACCGGGCGGAGAUCUCAUGUCGCUGCUGAUAAAGAAAGGCAUAUUCGAGGAAGACCUGGCCCGAUUCUACAUCGCUGAGCUGACGUGUGCCAUCGACAGCGUGCACAAAAUGGGAUUCAUUCACCGCGAUAUCAAACCAGACAACGUACUGAUCGACCGAAAGGGCCACAUCAAGUUGACCGACUUUGGUCUCUGUACCGGUUUUCGCUGGACACACGACUCCAAGUACUACCAGAAGAAUGACCAUGCCCGGCAGGACUCGAUGGAAGCGUGGAGUAAAUUCGGCUCCGAUAUUCCACCACCACUAGAGAGGCGGAAGUUCCGCGAAAAGAAUCGCGCCAAGGCGCACUCCAUAGUGGGAACUCCAAACUACAUUGCACCGGAAGUGCUGAUGCGCAGCGGAUACACGCAGCUGUGCGAUUGGUGGAGCGUCGGUGUCAUACUGUACGAGAUGCUAGUCGGACAACCUCCCUUUUUAGCAAACACGGCAGAAGAAACACAGAUUAAGGUAAUACAUUGGGAAAAAACACUGCGAAUUCCAGCGGAGGCGCAGCUGACGCCAGAAGCCAAGGACAUCAUACUGGGGCUGUGCACGAAGGAGGAGGAUCGGAUUGGGCGCAACGUGGACGAGAUUAAAUCGCAUCCGUUUUUCCGGUCGAUCGACUUUAGCAAGGACCUGCGUAGCCAGCAGGCACUGUACGAGCCGAAGAUCAAGUACCCGACCGACACGUCCAAUUUCGACCCGAUCGACCCGGGCCGACUGCAGGACUCGUCGUCGUCCUGCGACGACGGUGGUCCGGGGGGCAACCUGGACGAACUGUGCGACAGCGGGAAACCGUUCCACCACGGGUUCUUCGAGUUUACCUUCCGGCGGUUUUUCGAUGACGAUUGUGAUCACAAAAUCACGCUCGACUCGAGCGAGGGACAGGCGGAAGCUAUUUAUGUAUGAUAAUUACUCUAAUAUUAUUAACUCUAUUACCCCAUUAUACAAUUACUGAACGUAAAGUAUAUAACAAAAGAAACGGAAACCGCACGCGAAAGACGCGGGUUGCGCUCGGGGACAAAGCGGAGCAGCGAAACACAGCGGAUGCCCCAUGGGUGCGAUAAACAGUAUCAAUUCGACGCUCCCUGGCAAUAGUUUGAUCGGUGCAGAGCAAGGCAGUAGAUAGCAGCCUAAGUGCACUUACAAGGAUACCAAGAGUGACUCUUGGCUUUACAGAGAGAGGGGAGUGCGACUAUACAACACCGGCUCCUCUCCAGGAGAUAGAAACGAAAAUAAUUCGUUCAAAACUAGACACAGUAAAUUAGCAAACGAUGCGCUACACGUACCGCACCGUGCGGAUUCGUUAUUCGAGCUUAAAGAAAGGGACGGAACGCUACGCAAAACAAACGCCCCGGCGCGCACUGUGGGAGCUCAUACAGGUUUAGUUUCUCUUCCUUGGAUUAUCUCUACUACUAUUUUAUUAUUUUUUAAUACGCGAAUUCGUUGUACAGUGCAAAUAUGUGUGAUUCUGGAUUUAGAGAGUAUUUAGAGCGUAAGAGAAGAGAGGCCGGAUAGGGAAAGCGAAAAGAGCAAAACAGUGGGGCAGGGUGGAAGCGUGAAGGGCAACGAUAAACGAUAGAAACGUAUUCUGAAUCGUAAUACUCUAAAAAAGCGAAAAUAUGAUAAAUAAAACGCGAACAACGGAUCGAAAAUCCCACACCGGAGGCGGAGCAUUAGGACGCUUGAAACUCAACGCGGAUCGGGAAAACAACGAGCUGGAAUCAAAAAUGGAGCAAAACGGGGACAGAGAGAAAACUAAAUCCGCGCACCUGAAAGAGUUUAAUGGAGGGCGAACGAUGUAGAUGUAAUUUUGAACAGCCGAAGGGUCAAAAGCAACUUAGGAAUUUGGGCGUAUCUUUGUUCGGGGUAAGCGUAUAGUAUAGUCAAAGAGAAGGAUAGGAAAAAAAACGACACCACGAAACAGGAACAACCCAGGAACUAAAAGCAACAAUCAGAGUUUGGCCUUAAACUAUUUAUACACCAUAUGUGGAAUCGGAAAGGGGGAAAACAAAAUAGCUGCGGUUUCUUUUUCUCAUCACAAAUAAAAAGGAAUAAAAUGUAAAAGCAGA